AUGGUAUCCCAGUUGAAAGAUCUUGUGACUGAGAAACAGCGUGAAAUUUCUCGUGCCGUAGCUCCUUACAUCCAGGAGUCCAUGAUCAACAUAUAUUCUGACUGUGGGGAAGCAAAAGGAAAGGGCAUGUUCCAAAGAGUCAAAACUAUCGUAAAUGAAGGAGUUAACACCAAUCGGAUGUUUAUGUUCGAUAAUGCAUCCGAGCUUCUCAUUGGCCAAAUGCGUGCUCUGCAGAAUGUUGUCGUUGAACAUGUCCGCAUGGUCGUUGAUCUACUGUGCAAAGACAUCAAGAGUGCUUAUGAACCUCUCUGGGAGAUGCCAUGUAACACCAGAAUACUCAAAGAUGCUUUAAUGGAAAGUAUCAAGGACGCAUGUCUACAAGUCCGGGCACUGUUCAAAGAAGUGGAUUUACCAGUGCCUGAAUUCAAGAUACCUGUUAAAAUGGCUGAUCUUCCACCUCCAAUAGUUCCAGAAAUCCCCAAGCUAGAACCUACUGCAUCAUCUAGUUUGUCAUCUUGUCUAAAAUUCUCGCCAAAUACAAAGGAAUUCCAGCAGCGACUGGCAGAAUCUUUGGGCCCCCACCAACAAUCAGCUGCUUCCCAAGGCAUCCCAGGAAUGAAACACGCCCUUCAACAACCUAACAUGAACCCUGCUCACCAACAACACCCACCUGGACCACCUCAUUUACAACAACAUCUAUCCUUGCCUCAACAGUUAUCACAACACCACCUGCUCCAGCAACAACAACAACAACAGCAGCAACAACAACAGCAGCAGCAACAACAACAACAGCAACACCAACAACAGCAACAUCACCAUCAACAGCAGAUGGUUCAGCAACAACAGCAACAACAACAAUCACACCAACAAAUUCCCCAACAAAUGCCAGUCAAUCCCAACAUGCAACCAAUGAAGAUGCACCCUAAUGCUCCUCCAGGUAUUUCCUGGCCAGCAGUAGUCAUCAAAAAAGAACCAGGAUUGGCCGAGCCAGUCCGACCCAAUCUAGAUUCUCAUUUUCCUCAACAGGAACAGCAGCAAGUCAACAAUCAGUUGUCAUGGCUGUCAGAGAAUCUCCAGCACCAAAGCAUCUUCAAUCUGCAACCCCAGCAACAUGCUCAGCAGUUGCGGCCCUCAACUCAUGACAGGCCACCUUCCAAUCCACAAUUUGCUACCCCAGCACCACCAUUUCCAGGUGCCAUCUCAAUCAAAAGGGAACCAGCUGAUUUUAGCCGGCCAUCCAGUCAAGGCACAAGUGGGCCCCUGGGCAGUCUGGCUGCCCUGACCGCCCAGGUGACUGCCAGUCAAACGCUGACAAGCCCUACAUAUCUUCCUACCUCUCAGCCAGCCUCUUAUCCUCCAACUGCCGUUGUUGCACCUGCCCCUCCACCCCCGAUCAAACUGGAACGCAUGUCCCCUGGCAGCGGUCCAUUUAGCUGUAUGCAGCCGGGAGCCCCCCAAACUUCACCGUCCUCCCAGCAGCAGUUAUCCUCCAUGGCAUUGCAUGGCAACCGGAGUGACUGUCGCUACCCAGGUACCAACACAAUGGGCAGCCUGAAUAUGUAUGCACAGAUCACAGGUGCCCAACAACAUGCAGCCAACCGGAAUGAGUUUUUCCGUGAAAUGGACAACCUGCAGUCAGCCCAAGCAGCUGCUGCUGCUGCUGCUCACCAAAGUACAUCACCCUUGCCCCCAUUUCGGAAUACAGGUGGUGGCAAUCCCCUCAAGAAUCUAGCCAUGAUGACAAAGGCUUCCCCUCCAUCAUUUGUGACCCCACAGGCCCAUCCUGCAACUGUUCAGAUCAAGCAGGAGCCAGUUGACCCAGUCGUAGGGACAUCAGCUGUAGCGACAUCGGUACAGCGGGGUCAAGCUCAUGUGGUAACCUCCGAACUGUUUGUUGCGCCAGCCCCUGGCUUGCCACGAGGCCCAGCGCCUGGGGGUCCAUUCCCUCCCCCUGCGGGGACUUCCAGAUACCAGCCUCACUAA